AUGGCCUAUUUAUUGUUAUAUGUGGAUGAUAUAAUUUUGACUGCUUCUUCUGAUGAGCUUCGUAAGUCUAUCAUAUCCCUUCUUAGCUCGGAAUUUGCUAUGAAGGACUUGGGACCUUUGAACUAUUUUUUGGGCAUCAAUGUCACUCGUCAUGCAGGUGGUUUAUUUUUAUCUAAAAAAAAAUAUGCUACAGAGAUCAUUGACCGAGCUGGCAUGUCAUCGUGUAAGCCAUCUCCUACUCCUGUUGAUACCAAACCAAAGAUCAGUGCUGCUACAAGCACACCUUUUGAGGAUCCAUCUCUUUAUAGAAAUCUUGUAGGGGCUCUUCAGUACCUUACAUUCACAAGACCCGACAUUACAUAUGUCGUGCAACAGGUAUACUUAUUCAUGCAUGACCCAAGGGGGGAGCACAUGCACGCUCUCAAACGCAUUUUGCGUUACCUUUAA